AUGUGGAAACAUCAUGAAGGAUUUCCGCCCAACACCCCAAGAAUUCUUCAAACCACAUCCGAAGAGCUUCUAGGCGUCUCUGUUGGUCCACUGCCGGUUGUGGAUGCAGCGCCGGCAGUUGGCUACAUUGCACACACCACAGCGCAUUACAAAAGGAAGGUAGUCAACACCACACUCCUCGCAUUCAACGCCAUUCACAGGUCGCCAAUCGUUUUCGUGAGCAGUAACAGGCGUGGCUGCGAUAACGAUGGGAGCUAG